AUGUCUUCUGGGCAGCAACAAUACACCAUUUUCGCUCCUGCCUCGACCUCCAGCGGUCACAUCAGUCCUCCCGAUAAUACCCUUCCGCCUUCCAUCUCAAAUAAGAGGUCUAUGAAGCAGACAUCCAGCACCAGCACUCACCACACCCAACGCUCCACACAGCCGCCCGGCAUGACUGCCAGUGUUGCCCAGGUGGCCGUUGAUAGACUGAUAUCAGCUCAGCUGAAGGAUCAAGGAUUUGACGGUGCAGGACCGGUGGCGCUACACAAGUUAGGAGAUGAGGUCAUUGCAUACGUGGAAAACCUGUACCGAACGGCACAUGACUACGCAAACUUGGCGAACCGCUCAAUACCCACCGUGAACGAUCUCCGCCUAGCGUUCGUUGACGUUGGUCUCGAGCCGGCAGACUUGCGACCUAUAAUCAGGAAAAGGAAACGUCGAUCAUACAAACAUCAGCCAAGAUUUGACCUCAUCCCUCCGCCCGGAGAGUCUCCAGUCCCAGAGAUGUUACUCUUAGACGACGACGAGUCCUCAGUUCCAGCAACCAUCCAAGAACUCCCGCCGACCUAUCCACCAUUGCCCCCCAGACAUACAUAUGUCCAGACUCCACCAUCGCCCCCCAAAAAGCAAGCACUGCCGUCACUGGAGAAGAAGCUCAAGAAUGCGGGGCUUGUCCAAGAGUCUUUACGCAAUCUCCUCGUUCAGACCGAGGACGUUGUUGACCCCGCCGACACGGACCUUCUUGGUGCCAUCGUUAACUGCGAGUCGACAGCACAUCCGCGGAAGAAGUGGAAGGUGUCGAAGAGUAAAGUCGAGGUUUAG